AUGGACUCUUUUCUCAAGACAGUGGGCAGCCUUCUCCCAUACCAUCUUCUCUCUUAUGGCGCUCUCCUUGGGACAGAGCUCUAUCAGAGCUUUAUCAAUACAAAAAUUUGCUACCAAGUUUUACCAAUGAAGGAGUUCAUUAUCCUCCAAAAGCGCCUUUUCCCCAUCUACUUCGGAACCCAGGUCGGACUCACAGCGUUGACGGCAGCAACAUACCCACCAUACAGCAUUUUGUCAUUGGUCAAAGAUCCAUGGGGUGUAGCUUCUCUUUGUUUAAUUGCUUUGACGGGAUGUCUGAAUUGGUUCGUCUAUGGACCUCGGACGACCACUGCGAUAUUGGUCAGGAGGGCGCUACAAGGAAGCGAGAGCACCGAUGCUGACUCCGAUGGGUCGAAGGUGCUUCGGGCUAACCGUACCUUCGCGCGAAAUCACGCAAUGGCUAUCCAUUUGAAUGCUAUUGCUAUGAUAGCCACCGUAUUUUAUGGAUUCUCGCUGUCUGCUACACUUUUAGCAGGAGCUUAG